CGCCCAUCCUUACUGCGCCAAGAUGGUUGUUCGCCUGUGUGCACACGUCGGCUCGUUAUGAGUGCUCCAAAAAAUGGAAAUUAAUGAGUAAUCCAUCUGCCCCAUUACAAAGCUAUUGUAAACCUCGAAAAACAACUGGGAUGGCAGUCUCGGUGUUUGCCUGUAAUUUACCGGAAGUGUCGUUCGCUCCGAACAUUUAGUGAAAUGAUCUGAUAUUUGGUGGUAAUUGCCUUGAGACAUGGCUCGCAGCCAGAAGUACGGCAACGAAACGCUGGAUGCGUUGAACAAAGGCUGCUUGGAUUCCUAUGAUGCUGUUGCCUGCGGUCGCAUUAGUAUUAUCGUCGUUAUCAGUGCAGUUACUUGUUUCUUUGCUGUCCUCAAGAUUGUCAAGUAUCAUGCCUACAAGCAUCCCCAGAUGCACCACUACGUUAUUUUCUAUGUAUCCGUCAUCCAGUGUUUUGUCUGUGCUGCCAGUGCAGUAUUUGGCAUUCGGUACCUUCAGCUGGACUUUGCUCCGAGUUUUCUGAAGCUCCUCCAGUUCAUCCUGAUCUGUCAUCUCCACUGGUCAGUGGCUGCCAGGUCCAGACACCGGGAUGACAUCGUUCAGCACGUCGUCAAUCCUGUGCUGUGUUUGUACAUGCUGUACUGUACCACUGUCGUUCUCAUGGGAAUGGUGGACAUCAGUGGAACCUGGACAGAGUGCCUACGUCCCUACUGGCUCAUGCUAUCAAGCGCAGACUUCCUAGCCGUCCAAGUGUUCGCAGUAGUGGCUCUGUACCUCACCCACAACAGUGAGCACGCUAUAUCAACCCUGAUGUUACCAGCAGCGAAUUCCCAGACUCGAGACCUCUGGCUCGUCACAGCUGUCUACGAAGUGUCAGCCGUCGUCUCAGUCGUCUUCGACGCAGUGAUGUCGUUCAUGGGACGAGAGGAGUCCGGAUGCAGUGGAAUCUACGGACACGUCCAGAUAUACUACAGUCUCGUGAUGUCCACUGUUUUGGUGCUAAAGUACUUCCUCCCCACGUGGACAAUUCUCUGCGUUUUCCAACCUUCAAGGGUCAAAUCCAGACCUUCGGAGGUCGCUCUCACCUCCCACUAUAAUACCGAUGGCACCUGCUACAAUCAAUACAGGAGAAUGUUUUUUAAUCAGAACGGGGGAAAUCCCAGUAAUCUUCAGUACCCAGCUAUUCCUUAUCCCUCGGAUUCACCCAUUUAUGGGAGCUUCGGGGACUUUUCAUACACUGACAGCUCACCAGACAUCUCUCCUAGCAUUGGUCAAUACUGGCCUGGAAUGGAAGAUGAUAAUCAGGGGUCUUAUGAGAAGCAUUUUAUGAGUGUUGGCAGGCAGAACCUCGAGACUCAGUAUCGCAUCGAUCAAAAUCGUCAGAAUCUCGAGAAGAACCUGAAAAUGCAUGAGGAGGAUAAAAAGAAGAAUAAUCUCACUACUAUCAAUGAGGAGACUGGUAACAUGAUGGAGAGUCCACGAGACUGACGAGCUUCUGGGGAAUAUCCAGAUGGCUUAUCUGUGGCAGCUAGAUGCUCUCAUAUUCAAGGGAUAAAUCACUCACUUUCUCCAUGAGUAAGAUGAUAAACAGGACUUUUCUGUGAUCCCACUGACACCAAUAAUGCAAGUUUCUCUGGCCGUUUGUUUGAUCUUUCUUUGGAAGGAUUCGAGAUACAGUAGGAGAAAACAACUGUUUGGCUGAAGAUGUCAUUGUUGCAAGAAAGUAUUCUGUCCAUUUUUUAUAAUCGUGAAUUCUUAUAAUAAAUUAUUUAGCCGAAAAUUUGGUAAAGUGAGGUAAGUGCAAUUUUAUAGACGUUCUUCGCUCGUUGGGAUAAGAAAAUUAUUCAUCACGGGAUUUUAAACUUUUUUCAUUAGCAAGAGAAUAUUUUCUUGGAUCAAUAAAAUCUUAGUUAUUAAAAACAGUUCAUUUUUUCGGUACGUGUAUCGGUAAGAUGGCCUCAUUAUUAUUUUCGCGAGUUCGAAGGUCAAUUUUGUUACUGCGUACUAUAAAAUCAAAAAAUUGGUAAUUGGGCACUUUUCAUGAAUUCGCGAUAAAUUGAUAGAAGGAGAAUAUUUCAUUUUUUAAUGGUACAAUUAAAAUGAAUAGUGGAUGAAGGAGAACAUGAAAUAUAUUAAACAUUUCUUCGAAAGCCAAGGCUUUGAAAUCUUGACUUCUUAUCAAAAUUAAUUGGUAUUAAAACUUCUGAUUUUUGGAGCAAAUAUGAAGAAACUUUUGUUAUCAAAGAUUUGAUAAUGAGCUAUAACAAAGUUCCUUAAUAUUUCCACUCAAAUCAAUAGUGUUUCCGAUAAAUCAGUAAUUAACGAAAACGUAAGAUUGAAUUUAUGAAGGAUAGACCAAUUUUUCAUUGCAUUAAUGUAUGGAGUCUUCAUUUUGUCUGAAGCUCCUCUAAUUCCAUUUGUAACAUUGCUCACAAUCUUAUGGAAUUUUGAACAAGGUCAUUUAUCCAGAUUAAUCAAUUGUUUAUCAUUCAUGUACGAUAUAGAUUAAAAGUGUGGAUAGAAAAUAAAUACGUAAGACUGGAAGCAGUCGAUGGCAAUAGACGUAGGCUAAUGCGUCAUGCCAAUUUCAUAAGACUGUAUUUGUGGAUGUUCGCGUUAGAGUCAACGUCCUUGUUUAUUGCAAUAUCUUUCGAUAAGCUGAGAAUUAAGGAAGUAGGUUUAAUCCUUGUGAGUUGACCGAGAGUUAUUUGUACUGAAUUGGUAACGAUUCGCCAUUGGUUAAAGUAUGGAGAUGACAGAAUUACUGGGUUUGCCGAUGAUAGGACAUUGAAAGAUUUAAUGGGACGAUGAAACCAUCCUUCCAAAUGCUGUGAUGAGAGUUAAUUAAUUUAUCGAAUGAAUUGAACAUAGAUUUAUAGAUAUUUUAUCUUCACUGAUAUUUCUCGCAUUUUUCGGUUUCUCUGAUUUGAUGCGAACCAAUUUUUAAACGAAGUCGAAGAUAUUGACACUGGAGAGUGGCGAAUUAGUGCUUUCGGCUUUUUGACAACACUUAUAAUUCAUUGAAUAAUUGAAUUAUGAGUGAAGGGGGAUUUUUUCUGUGAAAAGUAAGAGGAAUAGAACAAGGCGAAAGUGCUCUACUCUCGUUAGUUUAGGUAUACUAUUCAGUAAAGAAGUGGAAUGUCACAGUUUCGUUAAAAAUCAAUUGAUCUAAAAAGAACAACUGGUUUUAGGAGGAAAAAUUAAAAGACUUAUUACCGAAAAUUUAAUGACCUACAAAAAACUCGUUUAUUGUAUUCCGAGGAAAAGUCCCGAAUAACUCAAUUCGUGUGUUCAUUAUUUUCGGCAUUUAAACGUCAUACAAUAAAAUAUCAUUACGGAUAAAUUGGUAACAGUUAUUUUGAACAAAUAUUGAAAAUAACGUUCACCAAUCAUUGAUAUACUAUUAGUACUUCCUUCUCAAAUCGAUUGUUUUGAAUAUAUGUCGACAACUAAGAAAAUUGUUAAUUUACGAUUGUCUCAUUUCUCCAUUUCGCUACUGAAUAGAAAUUCUCAUUAAUACUCAGUUUGCAUCUUCACUCAAGAUAUUCGCUGUAGUUUUAAGAAUCACUUGUCAGUGAUGAGUGAUAAUCUCGUUAUUGUAGUGAAUAUUUACAACGAAGUUAAUCUCAGUAGAGAAUUCAUAAGAAUCAGCUACGACACAUCACAUGUGUGACAGUUCUAUACGAUUUGAGGAACAUUCUGGUGCAUUUUAAAGUCUGGAAUGCUCUCUUUUAAGAGUACAGGAACAGCCAUUUUAUUUUACUCAGGGGAAAACCAGUGAGAAGCUUCAGGACAUGAUUAAUAUCUGGUUCCCCUUGUAUUUUCCACUCAUGUGAGUGAUGAUAUUCACGUGUCAUGCGAAUUUUUUAAUAAGACAAUGUGCCAAAAUUAUCGGUAUUGAUUCCGAUAUCUCUCGAGAGAAUGCGGAACGAAAUUGACUUCACUUUGCAUUUCGUAUUUUUAAUCACAAGAUUGGUCUAUUUUUUCUUAACUAUUUAGAUUACUUUUAAUGCAAUCAGUGCAUCACAUGUGUAGUCAAACAAUUUUGUAAAUAUAAUUUCGACGAUAAUUGCAGUUAUAUUCAGAUGCUAUUUUAUGUACAGCAGACUCUCGUUACAGUCGCCUGUAUGGGGUUGAAGGGUAAGCUAAUUCGAAUACGAGGAGAAUUUAUUUUUCGGCUUUAUUUUCCCCGCAAUUCAAAUCCUCGCCGGACGAAACAAUGGAUUGCUUACAUCUUGGAGCCCCGAGUUACUAGAAUGAGCAAAGAAAGAAAUGCGAUAAAAGAAAUGGAUAAGAGGUGCGACUAUAACGGAGUUCUACUGUAAUUAUAUUUCGUUAGAGGAACCACUGAUAUUUUGGAGUUUCUGUACAUGUAGGACAAUUAAUAGACGCACUCCAUCUGCAUAAAUGUUUUGUUUGUACUCAUAAUUUGUACAUAAAUCUUCGUAAGAAUUUAAUAAACAUAUAUUGCACGGUAGACUACAUUUAAUUCGAAAUGUAA